AAAACUGUUUUAUAAUGUGGGUCUACCGUAUACGUGUCUGUUAUCAAAAUUUAAAAAAUUCAAUUUUCAAGCAGUGGCAAGUGGCAACUAGAACUAAAAGAGACCAUACGGUAGUACGGCACUACGGCAUUACACCUUAAGUCCUCGAAAUACGCCACAGCCCAGACAUCACUCAGCAUUUCAGCAGGUUAAAACUCGGAAACCAAUUGACCCCACGGCUCACAAUAUCCUAUGAGAAGAUACUAGGUUAAUAUCUAUAGCCGUGCCUAGUAUCAGUUUGUUCUUUGCUAGUAUAUACGUACAUACGGUACACAAUGGAGAAUUUAUACCACCAAACGAAUAGAUUGAUAUUAGAAACUCAAGAAUUAUUCCACAGAUUGGAGAGUUCGAAAUCCGAACUUGUCGAAGCAGAUGUACAAUCAAGAAUAUUAACCAUUUCACAAAACUGUGAACACCUAGACAUUCUUGUGCACAAAGAACCUGUUUCCAGGCGUAACAAUGCCAAAUUACGUGUAGAUCAACUCAAAUAUGAUUACCAGCACUUGCAGUCAGCAUUAAGAACACAUCAACAAAAUCAACUAAGAAGAUUGAGAGCUGAGCAGGAACGUGAAGAACUGUUAAAUCGCCGGUUUACUAGAAAUUCCGACAUGAAUGAUACAACAAUAUUAAUCGAUAGUUCCAUACAACAUCAAAAUUCCUUACAGGGAGCAAAUCGAGGAGUUGAUGAUUUAUUAGGAUCUGGUGCCAGCAUACUACAAAGUUUGCGUGAACAACGUGAUCGACUAACUGGCACCCGAAAUCGUUUGUCUGGAAUUUUUGGUUCGCUUAGGCUUUCAAAUACAACCAUGAAAUACAUUGAAAAAAGAUUAACAGAAGAUAGGUAUAUACUAUAUGGAGGAAUGGCUGUCACAAUUCUCGUUAUAAUUAUAGUAAUGAUAUAUUUCAGUUAAUGAUCAUUGAUCAAAAUCAAAUUAAACUAAUACUUUGGUGAGUUUUACCAUGGAUUAUAUAUUGUAAUUUUCUUUAUACUAUGUAUUAUAUAUAAUAUGUAUUUUAUAGUUAAUUGUUAUUAUUUAUAAAAUUAUUUUUGUAUACAACUAAAAUAUUUUUAACUGUUUAAUUUAUUGGUAAAAAAAAAUUUAAUAUAUGUUUAUUAACUGUUAUUAAUAUAUUGCAAUUCAUUGCAUC